AUGAUGUCAGUUAACGAGUGGAUCUUUCAUAGAUUGUGGCAUCAGCUAACUCAAGAAGUACGAUCCGCGCAGGCGAAUCCAGCUUUCACUGCAUCACUUAACCAAAAGGAGUUCUAUGAUGGGUUUAUCUCUGAAUUCGAGCAUCGCAUAAACGCUUUGCAACUGGUAGAGAUCGCAUUGCCCAUUGCUAAAUAUAUUUUCGAGAAAGACAAGGAAGCUGCGUACGAGUUCCUGGCUAAAAUCGAGAAGACCGUGAGCAAAGAUAAGGUUGCUCUUGCGCGCAUCCAUGCAGGCCAAAUUGAACUACGGCUUAACCACAAAGAUGGGAACGACCGUAGUUUGUCCACUCAGGUUAGUUGCGGGGAGGGUUUCGUUGGUGUCACUGAGGCUCAUGCUCCUUUCUACAAGGUUAGUGCCAUGUAUCUGAAAGAGAUAGGUGAUUUUGCUGGCUAUUAUCGAGAAGCUCUUCGUUAUCUUGGUGUUGAAGAUAUCAAUAAAAUGUCUGCCGAAGAGAAGCAUGUUCAGGCUGUGUUGAUUGGAUUCGCUGCCCUACUCGGUGACAACGUCUACAAUUUCGGGGAAUUGCUGGCACAUCCAAUUUUGAAAGCUUUGGAAGGAUCCAGCGAGAAGUGGUUGUCUGAGGUUCUGUACGCCUUCAACUGUGGAGAUCUCAAUAAAUUCUACUCCCUGGAGAAACACUGGUCAGAAUGGGACGACCUGAAGAGGAAGAAGGAUUUCCUCGUAGGCAAGAUUCGACUUCUUGCAAUCAUGGAGCUUGCACUGGCUCGCCCGUCGAAAGAACGUAAGAUCACUUUCACGGAAAUUGCAGCAAAAUGUCAGGUGCCUAAUAAUGAGGUUGAGUUCCUGGUGAUGAAAGCACUGAGCAAAGAUUUGGUUCGAGGUGCGAUCGAUCAAGUGAAUCGAACAGUUCUGAUCACAUGGGUGCAACCUAGGGUGCUAAACACAACUCAGGUGCUUGCCAUGGCGAAUCGUAUAGCGGCCUGGAGCAAAGACGUUAUGGCUAUGGAGAAUAUUGUCAGUGAAAACGCCCGUGAGAUUCUCACCAAAUCAUGA